UCGCCCACAGGAUUCGCCCACCUUCGAGCGCAAAGGCAGCAUCGGCUGUCCCUUCGACCAGGCCUUUGAGAAGCUCGAGAUCGGCGGUAUUUGCCUCGAGAAGACAGCUUUCGGUAUGUGUCUUCCACACCGUUCUCUCGCUAACUCUAGCCUACGCCGACUCGCGUUACGCCCCUGCCGAGUUUGGUGGCUCCACCGGCCAGGUCGGCUCGCUCGCACUCGGUCUGGGAACGAAAUCCAAUGCCGAAGUUGGGGCACUCUUCCCAACUCUUGUCAAGCAGCUCGACGCCCCCAUCAUCGGAUUCACGCUACCUUCAAAGCUGUCUGACACCGGUCUUCACCCGCGACAGCGCGGGUCGGGUCGAGUUAGGGGUGGCCGUCGGGCUUCGGCCAAGGAGGUCGUGCGCACCAGGAAACUUGCCGCCAGUGCAGGUCUCUACGUCAACCGGCGAUACGUCGAUCCAGAUGAGGUGUACCGCAACUUCCGCCGAUCCGCGUUGUACUCGCGCAACAACGACAAACCCGCCUUCACCGCUCGAUUCGAAAUUGCCAGUGACGUUCUGCAGAUUUCCCCCAAGCUCGCUGAGGCUAUCUUCGCGCUCGUCCCGGGCGCCGUGUCGACCGAGUGGCACGGGACGCGCAGCAACGACGACAAGAUUGCCUCGGUGGAGUCGUCGACAGGUGUGGCACGCCUCGAGCACGGCUGCAGCUACGAAGUUCCUUGCGACACGAACAGCACCAUCUCCUUCAAGUUCAAGGAUGUCAUGUACGACCUGCCCCCCCGCCAGUGGGUCAUCCCGUGUGUGGACAAGCGCCGCACGUCCAACAAGAUGUGCAAGACUCGUGUGUUCGUUCCGAAAACCGAGCACGUCGACUCCUCCAUCGACAUCCUCCUCGGCGCACCAUUUCUCGAGACCGUGUACACCGCCAUCUACUAUGAGGAUGAGCCCAAGAUCGGCUUCACCAAGCUCGACGAACUCUAAUGCUUUUCUCGGAUACUGUUGACGCUGUAGCCAGCUUCAGUACAUAAUCAUUCGAUGGACUCUGUAGGCGCUCGCCAUGAACCAGUGGGGGAAAUGUCAGUGAGCGAGCGAAAAGAGCCCGCGAUACGCCCGUCUUAACGCUCA